UGUUUUGACUUCGAGCUUGGCUCAAGCAUAACGCUCGCGCCGCAACCACAGAAUCUCUCUGCACGACAUGGCCGACAAGCUCUUCGAGUUCGCAAGGGAGGUGAACCGGUACUGCGAGCAGCAGCCGGAUUCGGCUCUGGCAAAAGUUCAGGUGGUGCCCAGCUACAUUCUGGUCGGGGACCAGUCGGCAGGGAAGACCAGCCUGCUGAGCCGGCUGGCACAACUGCCCUUGGGCUACACGGCUAACAAGACUGGCACGCGCCGGCCCGUGGAAUACAACCUGAUCCACGAUGACACGAAAGAGGAUCCUGACAUCGUAGUGGAUUCCGAAAGCGUGAGAGAGGCUGAUUUCUUGAAGCGCAUGACCGAAAAGAACGACGUGGAGGGCUUCAGCAACGAGGCUGUCUCUGUGAAGAUCCUUUGGAAGAAUAUUCCCGAAAGUAUCAUCGUGGCCGACAUGCCUGGGAUGAAGGAUAAAGAUACCGAGCCGGAGAGAAUGAUUCUCGAUCGGCUGAAGCGUCCAAAUGUGAUCCCGGUGGUGGUUUUGGAGCCAAAGGAUUUCGACUCCAAGAACUAUGCCUUCGACCUUCUGACAAAAGCUGACAGAGCGUACGACGACAUCAUCGUUGUGGUCAACAAGUGUGAUGAGAAGCUGUCGAAAAAUGGCGAUUGGUCCACGCCGUCAACUUGGAAAGACUUUUGGACUACCGCUCGGAAAAAGGGCUUCAAGGCGAUCUACCUGACCGGCUGGCCGCUGGCGGGCGAUCGGAACGAGCCCGACAUGAAAACUCGGAAGGCGCAGCUGCACCAAUCCUGCGACGACGAAGCGCGUCUCAUUGCAGACUGGAAAGAACGGGUCAAGAUCGACCCGCAGGCAGCGGAGUGUGUUGGUUUGGACAAGUUCAGCAAGUCCCUGCACCAAGACCAGCGCUCCCGGCUGGAUGAGAUGAGUCACAAGGUCAUCCAGCACAUUCGCAACGAGCUCCGGCUUGUGAACAAUCGCAUGCACGAGACAAGGAACAGCUCUGCAAAGGCCUUGAGAGCUCAGACCACCAAGCUGAUGCACCGAUGGGCCCGAAAGAGCAACGAGCUCUUGGAGGGCCACGUGGACGUCCACGACCUACGAAAGCACUGCCACACUGCAGAGGAAGACAUCCAGUGGUUGUCCAAGAAGGCCAUGAGCCUUUUCGAGGAGCUUCCCACCUUCGACGAGCAACAGCGGGAACGCACGGAGGCAGUGUUGCGGGGUCAGCUUUUCAGCUUGGAGCGCUGGAGUGAAUCCGACGGCUCCAGCUCAAAGGGCUGGAUCCACCUCAUGGCCAACGCCGUGGAUGCCACGUAUGAGCCACUGCUGGGCAAGGCAGCCAUUUGUCGCGUCUUGGACAUGGCCUUUUUGGUAUGCCUCUGCCGGGUGUUUCAGCACGCCCUGAUGGAGUUCGACGAGAAGUUCAUCCGGAACGUCAUGUCGGAGCACUCGCAGGACUCGGGGAACAAAGUGAUCCUGAAGUUUGUGGAGAGGGUCUUAGAGCAGUCUUUUCACCCCCUGGUGGAUGUGGUGAGCUUGCUUGCUUGGAAGCACAUGCAGAUCUGCAUUGCCUCCGCUCAGAAAUCGCGGUCUGAUAUUGGUGGCGCCAUCGGUGGCUUUCUGAAGGAUGUGCACCUGGAAAGCGGCUUCAUGACAGCGGCUGAACAGUAUGUCCGGGAAGAGCUGAAAAAGCUGAACACAGACAUGCACAAGCGAGUGGAGGAGCAAGGAUUGGGGCUUCAGGCUCGGUUCCGGAAGGGCCACGACAAGGCCCUGGCCUGCAACACCGCGGGCAUCGUCGCGGCGCGGGACCCCCGAUUUGUGGCGAUGAAGGAGCCGGACUUCCCUUCGUCUGCGGCAAGCUUCCUGGAGACGGGCAUGGAAGGCCUCGUCGAUGGCAGCAAGUAUGAGUCAUUCGCUUACUUCUACGAAGUGCUGCUGUCCUGUGCUCGCAUCAUGCAGAGUGAAGCGAGUGGAGGGGAUCACCCUGCAGACAAGAUGUUCCUUUCGGCUCACUCGGAGGUGGAUGCCGAUGGGAAGCUGCACUGCAAUUGGACGACCAAGGAGGAGGUCAUCAAAGUGCGAUCCCACCCCAUUCCGGUCAAACGCGGGGCUUCCAUCCAGGUGAACCUGAAUUCGUGCAACGUCACCCCAGCACCAACAAGCUGCCCACAACCACCAGGCAACUCACGUUGGAGCGGCAAAAGCAUCGAGCCCGCAGAGCCGUCUCCGGAACCUCAGACUCAUCCCCUUCAUCAGAGGGUGGUGGGGAAUCGAUCAGAUGAGCAGCUGCUGGACAAGGAGGCCCCCUUCCUGCUGGUUGCCGUGAACGACUACAUGUGCAACAAGUGGGUCCUGUGCAAGGACCCGAAGGACGGCCAGGCGAUUUUCGAGGCAAAAGAGCUGGAUGCAGGCUGCGGUGACCGCCUGGUGAACAUCGACGUGAUUGUCUUCCAGAGAUCCCUCACCAUCGACUCCAUCAGCUUUGGAAAUCCUGGCGCCGAAGAGGUGGCCCCGACGACCGCACGAGCCGCUUCUUCAGCGCGUGCCGAUUCUUCAGCUCGUGCCGAGGUUGAGACCUCUCCUCGCACCCAAGCAGCAGAACGGAACAAGACUGCGAAGGAGCAGAUGAGGGUGGCGCAGCAACUCCUUGAGCGCAUGCAGAGCAAGUGCUGGCCGCUAGCUGGCUCCAGAUGCGGAGGCAUGGACUAUCGCAAGCUUUUGAUCGACGUGUCCAGUGAGCUCAUCGAACAAUCCAAAGAAUUCCGCAGAACGCUAGAAUCAAGGCUGCAAGUAUGGACGCGAGAUCUGAAGAGAGACCUCGGCUGCGAGAUUGAUGCGCGGCUGGACGAAAGUGUGUUCAUGAACCUGGAGGAACAGCAGACGAAGGAGCUGGAGAAGUUGGAGGACCUGGACGGGAUCCUCAACAAGGCGUUGGGGCUUUACCAGGACAGUCGUCGACGCUGAUGCUGACGUGGGGGCGGUAGAGCAUGCAGGAUGUCAACAGCCUAUUCUCAGAACUUGGUCCA